AUGCCAUCAGUUUUAUCAGAAAUUUUAGUAAAUAUUCAAAAAAAUACAGAUCAUAUUAGAAAUAUAUGUUUAUUAGCACAUACCACAUUAGCUGAUAGACUUAUUGCUUCUAAUCUUAUUAUUUCGAACAAAAUAGCAGGAACUAUAAGAUAUUUGGAUAAUAGAGAUGACGAAAUAACAAGAGGAAUAACUAUGAAGUCUAGUGCAAUUUCAUUAUAUGCAAAAAUAAUAAAAAAAGACGAAACUAAUUCAGAAUAUAUGAUUAACCUUGUCGAUUCACCAGGACAUAUAGAUUUCAAUUUUGAAAUUUCAGCUGCAUCAAGAUUAUGUGAUGGUGCUUUAGUUAUUAUUGACGUAAUCGAAGGUUGUUGUAGUCAAACAAUAUCAAUGCUCCGACAUGCAUGGACAGAAAAACUAAAACCAAUAUUGAUAUUUAAUAAAAUCGACAGAUUUAUUUUAGAGUUGCAUCUUUCUCCAGAAGAAGCAUAUUCAAAUCUACUACAACUAUUAAAUCAUGUCAAUACUAUUAUGAGCACAUUUUUUACAGAAGAUAAUUUAAAAAAUCAUGAAAUUGAUGAGCUAUUGGAAAAUCAAGAGACUAAUGAUACUAAUGAUAUUGUUACAUCACCCUGCGAGAAAACAGAUAAAGAUUUAUAUUUUUCUCCAGAAAAAGGAAAUGUUAUUAUCUGUAGUGCUAUAGACGGAUGGGCAUUUAGAAUAAAUCAAUUCUCAGAAAUAUACGAAAAAAAGCUAGGAAUUAAACAAUCUAUAUUAAAUAAAGUACUAUGGGGAUCUUUCUAUUUAGAUCCAAAAACGAAAGAUAUUUUGCAGCCAAAAGAUUUAAAAGGAAGAAAUCUUAAACCAAUGUUCGUUAAACUCAUAUUAGAAAACAUAUGGACUAUAUACCAUUCAAUUAUUUUAAAUAAAGAUCAAAAUAAAAUCGAAAAAAUAAUCAGUAACCUUGAGCUAAAAAUUCCGCACCGGGAAAUCAUUUCAAAAGAUUCUAAAUGCCUUCUUGCAUCAGUAUUUUCUCAAUGGCUCCCACUUUCAACAUCAGUUAUACUUUCUAUAAUUGAUCAAAUACCUUCUCCAAGAAAAUCUCAAAAACAGCGUCUAUCUCAUAUAAUAAAACAUAGCCCUAAUUUUGACUCGGUACCAUCAUAUAUAUAUAAUUCAAUUACAGAAUGCUCUACUAAUGACUUAUCACCAGUUAUAGGCUAUGUUAGUAAAUUAAUACCUAUACCUAUUAAAGAGCUCCCUAAAGAUAAAAAAACAUAUGCAAAGUUAGAAAAUGAAAAACAAAAAAUUCAAAUAAAAAUUUCGGAAAAAGAUUUACCUCUAUCUGAAACAUAUGAUUUAGAAUCAUCAUCAGAUUAUAUUUUAGAAGAAAAUAAUUACAACUCUUCAGAACAUACCAAAUAUUUUGAAAAAAACUGUUUCAUAGGUUUUACAAGAUUAUAUAGUGGAAUCAUAAAUAUAGGGCAAGAACUAUAUGUUUUUAAACCAAAAUAUGAUCCAAAAACGCCAGAAAAAAAUAUAUCUAAAAUUAUAGUUUCUAAUUUAUAUUUACUUAUGGGGAAAGAAUUAAUACAAAUUGAAAAGGUUUAUGCAGGUAAUAUAUUUGGAAUCGGGGGGUUAGAAAAAAGCAUUAUCAAAAAUGGAACCAUAUCAUCUCUACCUAUUUGCUAUAAUUUAGCUAGCAUUAUAAAUGGCGCACCUAUUGUUAGAGUAGCUAUUGAACCUACAUUGCCUUCAGAUAUGCAAAAACUUAUAGAAGGCCUUAAAUUACUUAAUCAAUCAGACCCAUGUGUUCAAAUACAACAUCAAGAUUCAGGAGAACAUAUAAUUCUAACAACAGGUGAACUUCAUCUUGAAAAAUGUUUAAAAGACUUGUGUGAGAAAUUUUCGAAAAUAAAUAUACAUGUUUCAAAACCUAUUGUCCCAUUUCGAGAAACUAUAGUAAAACUAAAAGAUUCAACACUUUUUAAAGAAAAUAACGUUCUAAAAGGCAUAGUAGAAGUUUCAGUACCUUUAACUAAUAUAAAAAUAAAACUUAGAGUUUAUCCUUUACCUAAGGAUAUUACAGAAUAUAUAUAUUCAUUUUCGAAAAUCAUAAAAGAGGCAUAUCUAUACAUUGAAACUGCAGAUUCAUCAAUUACUAAUCACCUAGACACGAAUUCAUCUAAUAAUUUCAAAUUAGAUAGUUUUAAGAAACAAUUGAUUGAAAAAUUCAAUUCAACAAAAAAAACAGAUAUAGACUGGACAAAAGUAUAUGAGAGAAUUGUUGCAUUCGGUCCUAAUAAAACUGGACCAAACAUAUUGAUAGAUAAUACAGGAAAAUUAAGAAAGUUUUUAUCAUUCAAUGAAAUAGAAAAGCACAUUAACACAGGAUUCCAAUUAUCUGUAUUACAAGGCCCAUUAGCAGAAGAACCAAUGCAUGGUGUUUCUAUAUUUAUUGAAGAUAUUGAAUUUGAAAACAUCAAUAUUAAUCAUAAAUUAAAAAUAGAACAAAUUACUAGUCAUUUAAUAUCAUCAUUCAAGGAUGGGAUUAAGCAAGGAUUUUUAGACUGGUCUCCACGCUUAAUGCUUUCUAUGUAUGCAUGUGAUAUUCAAACACCUAGUAAUGUUUUGGGAAAAAUCCAUGCAAUUAUUUCUAAAAGAAGAGGACGUAUUGUUUCUCAAGAAUUAAGAGGAACUUUAUAUCUAAUAAAAGCUUUAUUACCUAUUGUGGAAUCGUUUGGUUUUUCAAAAGAUAUACGAAAAAAAACAUCUGGUGCAGCCAAUCCACAGUUAAUUUUCAGUGGAUUUGAAAUUUUAGACCAGGAUCCAUUUUGGAUAUCUGGAGCUAAAGAUCUAGAAGACACAGAAAAUAAUAAAAAUAAGGAAAAUAUAUCCCAAAAAUACAUAAAUGACAUAAGAAAAAGAAAGGGACUUUUCAUAAAUCAAAAAAUAAUCUUUCGUGCAGAGAAACAAAGAACACUUAAACGAUAA